GUGUGUGAGUCCCAGUAUCCGAGCCAUACAUAUAUGUUAAAAGAAAAUAAAUAAUAACAGAGUGAGAGAAGUAAAUAUUUACAAAUAUGUUUUUGAUUUUCAAAAAUUACGUAUUUUUUCUCUUAUCAUUUGAUGAAGCCUAAAAAUAUAAUUUUAAAUAUUGCAAUCAUGAAAACUACACAAUGAAUGUAAUCUGACUUUCAAAAAUGAGCACUCGAACAAAUAAAACAGGAUUUGGAUUUCCAUCAACACCAAAAAGACGGCGUCUUGGAGUGGGAAGGCCUUUAAAAUCUUCUCAAAUUUUAAACCAAGAUAAUUUAAUGUCAUGUUCUCAACUACACUUACGACCUGAAUCAAUAGAAAAGUGUGAUUCCCCUCCACUACCAUGCAAUCAGGUUGAGUUCUUGUGUGAUUCGGAUGUAAACAAUUCUAUUUGUGAUAUACCGGGUUCACCUGGGGUUUCGGAAACAUGCAAUAUUUUAAAAAGGAUAGAUGGUCGGAAAACAUUAAUUGAAUUGGAUAGUAGAAUAAAUAAUAUUCAGGAACCUGAGAUUAACACAACAAACAAUGUCUUGAAUGACUUGUUUAAUUCUAGAUUUGAGUAUGGUUUUGCUGCUUGUGAUAAGACUUCUCCAAAUUGUGUUAAAAAUGUAACUAAAGAUGUGGAAAAAACCUUAGAUAAUAUAAAUCAGACUAUUUGUAAUAUUGAUAGAAGUGUUCUAUUUGAAACUAAAGAUUCAUUCUUGUUAGAUAUAAGUGGUGUGGUAGAUAAAUCAACAGUGUUAGAUAAAUUAAGUAGUGAUUUUUAUGGUUUACCAAGUAUAGCCAAAGAUUUAUUUAAGUCCUAUAGAAAUAUUGAGAAAUUCUAUGAUUGGCAGGAGGAAUGCCUUAAUUUAAAAGCAAUAAGACAAAGAGAUAACUUGAUUUACUCUCUACCUACAAGUGGAGGAAAAACUUUGGUUGCAGAGGUUCUUAUGCUUCGAGAAGUUCUAGUCAGGAAGAAGAAUGCUUUAUUCAUUUUGCCAUUCGUAGCUUUAGUUCAGGAAAAGAUAUAUUCAUUAUCUCCGUUUGCGAUCCAACUAGAUUUUCUGGUAGAGGAAUAUGCAUCAGGCAAAGGAAUAUUACCACCAAAGAAGAGGCGAAAGAGAAAUAGUAUAUAUGUAGCAACUAUAGAAAAAGGGCUUGCGUUGAUUCGAUCUUUGAUUGAUCUAAAUAGACUUGGUGAAAUUGGCCUUGUAGUUGUUGAUGAACUUCAUCUGAUUGGUGAGCCUGGAAGAGGAGGCACAUUGGAAACAUUACUGACCACAGUUAUUUAUGCUAAACAGGGUAUACAAGUAGUUGGUAUGAGUGCCACCAUAGGAAACCUUCCGGACUUAGCAGAAUUUUUGCAGGCGGAUGUAUUUGAGAGACAAUUCAGGCCGGUCGAACUUACUGAGUAUGUGAAGCUUGGAGAUGUGUUGUAUAAAAUAAAAUAUGAGAAUGGAGCUGUGGAAAUUGUACCUGACCGACAAAUAUCAUUUGAUUACUCUGAGGCCGGCCUCAAGCUGGAUCCGGAUCACGUGGCUGGUUUAGUAGGCGAGGUAGUUCCUUGUCACUCCUGCCUUGUCUUCUGCCCCACAAAGCGGAACUGCCAGAGUGUUGCCGCUUUGCUGUGUACAAUGCAACGGAAGGAGAUGUCACAUCACCGCAGUGCCGAGCGUGCGGCACUAUGUGCGGCGUUGAGAGCCGAGGGGGCGAGCGCCGAGCUGCUGCGGUGUGCCCGGGUAGGGGUCGCCUUCCAUCACGCCGGUCUGUCUGCUGACGAACGAGGGUUGUUGGAGCAGGCCUACAGGUCUGGCGCGGUGUCAGUGCUGUGUUGCACAUCGACCCUGGCCGCGGGCGUCAACCUGCCCGCACGGCGUGUCAUCGUGCGAGCGCCGCACGUGGGCCGCGACCUCAUGUCGCUGGCCGCCUACCGCCAGAUGGCGGGCCGAGCGGGCCGCGCCGGCGUCACGGACGCGGGUAACACUUUGUGUGAACGAACCUUAUAUUUUAAGGCGAAGAGUAAGCAGAAAACACGCAUACAUGGUGUUUUUAGACAAGUUUUGUGGUGAAUAAUAGCAUUUCGAGCUAUGAACACUACUUAAUCCUGUUACACAUAUCCUUAAGUCUUAUUUGUAGGUUGCUAAUUUGAACUACCACAUUUCUUUGAAGUUAAACAAGUUU